AUGCCACUGCGCGAGUUCUUGAUGGAGCCGUAUCUGGCGGGUUACUCUGUGCUGAUCAUUGACGAGUCGCAAGAGUGCAUGCUGAGUACGGACAUCCUCUUUGCUCUUGUCAAGGUGCUGACGAAGAACGCAAUACAUAUUGCUAGGUUUAGGCUAGAACUACGCUUGUUGAUAUCAAGCGCGACUAUGGAUGCUGCGAAGUUCAGCGGGUACUUCGACAAAGCACCUGUUUUCGAUGAGGCGAAUUACUUGCACGCAGCCAUCACGACAGUCUUCCAGAUCCACACUACACAACCUCGCGGCGACAUCCUCGUAUUAUUCACCAGACAGGACGAGAUCGAGGCUGCACAGGAGAACUUGCAGGAAACUUCUCGCGCUCUAGGGAACAAGAUCGCUGAGCUCAUCGUCUGCCCCAUCUACGCGAACCUGCUGAGCGACAUGCAGGCCAACAUCUUCGAGCCGACGCCCGAGGGUGCACGCAAGGUCGUGCUUGCGACGAACAUCGCCGAGACGUCCAUCACGAUCGACGGCGUCGUGUUCGUCAUCGACCCAGGCUUCGUCAAGAAAUCGUACAACCCACGCACGGGCAUCGCGGGAGCCACAUUCUCGCGGGGCGGGUUUCCUGGUAUCGAUAAGUUUGUGAUUUUCGUGACUGUUAAUUCCUGCCAUGUCUGUAACUGUAGCCAUUAUCCCUGCGAGCGUCGCAGAUCUGUGAUCUGA